AUGCGCUUUAUGUAAAUCGUUUACGAUUACUUUUAAACUUGUUAAUUUAUUGCAAAGCCAAAGACUUUCCCCAAUAUAUAAAGCCAUAUGUCGACUGUAUUCUCUACGCAGAUGACUCAAAUUAAACAUUUUUUCGAAACGGGAAAGCUUUAAGACAUCAUAUAUGUAAAUGAAUCAGUUUCAAUAUAUAUGUUUUACGAAGACUGACUGACAAUAUUUCAAAGCCAAUUAGUAACGGCGCUGAUACAUAUUAUGGCAUAUUGAUAUGGGAUAAUUUUGACACAGAGAGACAGACACCUUUGCUCUGCAGAGAAGAGACAAAGUUAUGUAGUUUUUGAUGCGAAUGGAUACUCCGAUGCGCUAUUUUGAAAAAAAAUCAUUCCGUAGAUAAUUGCAAAAAUGUGAAAAUUUCCAUUUUUAAAAAGUUCAGAUAUUUUAGUAAUAAAGUGAGCUGUGGAAAGAAGUUUCAAAUAAAAGUUGCACGAAUCGGUGGGAUGAGUUCAAUGGGCGUCGAAAAAAAAUUUGCAAAUUGGCGGUUUUCGAGAUAUUGACAUCAACUUCUUUAUUUUAAUUGGACGCCAUAUUGGACUUUUAUGUCACUCCAUAGAGAAACUUUUUUUAUUUUUUAAAAACGGUCGAUUCGUUUUCGAGAGAAUUAGAAAAAUCUUUAUUUAAUUUAUUUAAACGACCUGAUAGAUAAAUGGAUAGGGCGAAAAGGGAGUAUAGAAUGGUCUGCUAGAUCUUCCGAUUUGACGCCAUUAGACUCUUUUCUACGGACCCAUUUGAAAUCUAUUGUGUUUACUCCCCAACCUGAAGGUUUGGAUGAACUUCGUCAACGUAUCAUCGAAAGCUGCCAUGAUAUCCCUAUGAUUUUGAAAAUGUCCGUCACGAAUUUGAACAUCGCAUCGCCUAUAUCAUUGUUUGGCAAAUACCGGGCAACAUUUUGAACACUUAUUGAAAUAAAACAUGAUAUUUUCGUUUGUUUUUGUUUUCUAUCGGAACAAAAUAAGAUGAAUAAAGAUUUCUCUAAUUUUCUCGAAACCGAAUCGACCGAUUAUAAAAAAUCAAACGUCAAAAUAAAUGACUUUGAAAGACCUUUCAAACAAGUUAUUACUUGAUAAUACUCUGGUGGGCAGAGGGUGAAAGGAGGUGAAGUAGUUUUUGGUUAAAAAGUUGCCCCCCUUGACAAAUCUUUUGACCUGUCUCGGCGUUUUUUCCUUUAAUCAGUUGUUUUCAAUAAAUUCGUAGUGGGGAAAAAAUGAACACCCUGUAUAUAAUAUCUAAGAAAAUACAAAUAGUAGAGCCAUGGCAUCAACAUGAAAGUCACUGGAAGGAAAUAAAUAGAUUUAAAAAAAAUUGUUCUUGUUAUUAUAAUUUUGUUUUAUUAUUUGGUUCUCAUUAAAUUAAUAAAAGCAUGAAGUUAAAAAAAAAAUAAUUAAUUGCACUUAACCACAAGGAGAAGUACUUUAUAAACUGCUAUUGCACCUAAUUAAACUCUUGAAAUGCAAAACAAAGAUAAUGAGUAAUAAUAUAAAUCAAACAAAAAUGUCUGAUAACAUAAAAUAAGGCGAAGGAAUAUAGCAAACAUAUUUAUAUCUACAUGAUGAUACUUUAAUUAGCUGCACAAAUUUCAUGUAAAUGAGUAAUUAGGUAAUAAAUUGUACACUGUUUGUCGUUAUCAAAUGAUAUAUUUACCGCCUCUAGGCAUUGCACACUAAUAGUUUUACAGUGAACACUUUAAGUAUAAGCAGGAGACUCAAAAUUAAUUAAAUUGGCAAAAUUACAGUUCGUUUUAGAAACUCUAAAAAUCAUGUGGGCUCACAUGUCAUAAUUACUUACUAUUCUCAUUAAUUCUAUUACCAUUGUCUUUCACAUUCAUAUGCAGGCAUUUCCGCGACAGAUGCAUUUGUGGCUUAUAUUCUUUACUCUUCUCAAAGACUUCCAAAGACUAAAGGCACCAGUCAUAAUUAGCCGACAAAUUUAGUUUCUCUCGGCUACUUUGUGUAACUAAAAGGUAAGUGAAUUGACGGUUCACGUUUUGCAUGGAGAAGAUGGCCUGAGUGCAGCAUAAAUGGUGAAAAAUUGACCAGGGGCUUUUCAUUUAAAAUCACUUACAGAAUGCGCCUUUAUUUCUUGCCGCAGAUCCUUUCGUCAAUUGCAGUCGCGACGUUUUGUUUUUUAAAUGGACUCGAACUCAGUUACUUAUCGAUCUUGAUUCCUUAUUUUACUAAUAACGACACGCGGGUUGAAAACUCGUUCGCUAUGAGUGACAACGAAAAAUCAUGGUUGUUAUCUAUCGGUCCAAUUGUUAAGCCGCUAGGCUGCGUCCUGGCGGGAUUAGUUAUGGACCAUAUCGGGAGGUUAAACACGCUGAGAGUUGCGGUGUUGCCAUGGUCAAUUGGAUGGUUAUUAAUCGCGAAAGCUUCGAGUUUCCUAAUGAUUGCGGCUGGAUUCACAAUUACAAUUUUUUCUUUUCCAUGGCUACUGAUCACUGCCGUCACGUACAUUACCGAAAUUAGUUCACCUAGCGUAAGAGGUAUGCUGGUAAACCUUAAAACUAUCUUCUGGUGUUUGGGAAGCAUGGCCAUGUUUCUACUAGGUGCUUUUCUACAUUGGCGAACUAUAGCUUGGAUAAACUGCUUAUUACCACUUGCACCGCUGUUUCUAUCACUGUUACUUAAAGAGAGUAUGCUGUGGCUUGUAACGAGAGGACGUUUUGAAGACGCAAAGAAGUCGCUAGUAUACUUUAAUCGAUAUCGAAAAACAUCAAGGGAUGAAAACUUUGAUUGCGUGAUUGAUCGUAAGCUACUUAUGAUCCAAACACUCCACGACCGCUAUCGAUCAAUUAAUUUAAGCCUACUUCAGAAAUUGAAAUUUUUUCUUCAACCGUCCGGAUAUAAGAGAGUACUCAUGGUUGCGGGUUUAGAGUUUUUCCAAAACCUUUCAGGAUCAAUUAUAGUGUUUAGCAAUAUUAUGGUUUUCUUCAACGAAUUCGGUACUACGAUAAAUCCAUACGCGGUUGGCAUUUAUUUAGGAUUAACUAAGUUGGUUAUUACAUUUUGCAACAUCUGGUUAUUGAAAACAUUUAGAUUUCGAAUAAUCUUGAUUGCAAGCUAUCUAAUUAUCUCUGGAUGUCUGGUAGCUUUCGGACUAUACAUUGACUUCAAUCCAAAAGACUCAUCCAUCUACCAAUGGAUACCAUUGUGUGCAUUGAUAUUGUAUAGCAAUUCAAUGGUAGUGGGUCCAUACUCUGUUCCGGUCGUACUUACGCCAUCAGUUUACCCUACUCACAUACGUGGAACAGGCCAGUCAGUCUCAAGCAUUAUCGGCCACAUGCUCGAGUUUUUCAUGAUACAAUCCUAUUACGCGAUUAAAAAGGGUGUGAAGCAAUCUCAUAUCCUUUACUUUAUGUCAUUUUCUUCGCUCAUAGCAUGCGUGUACAUUUACAGUUGGGUGGUGGAAACUCGUCAAAAAACCUUUUUGGAAAUUGAAAAUUAUUUCGUCAAAAAGGAUAAUAAGAGUAAUCCACGGUCUCUAGAGGAACAAGACCCCUGUCUUGAAAAAUAAAACGUUACGUAUAUGAUAUAGAACAAAGGGCUUAUUUGCGCAUUGGCAAUAGUAAAGUGUUGGUAACUCUUUUGAGCUGUAAUAUCAAUAAAAACUGAUAUUAAUUAAUACACCUUAAUCCUAGUACUUUUAGUAAAGUAUAAAUGUUGAUUAAUAGUCAAGAUGGAUACGAGAGAAUAGUCCUAAGGAACUCGCUCAUUUUGGAACAACUUAUGAAUUCGUGUAAAGAAAGCUUCAAUUGACAAUUUGUUUUUAAAAGGCCCUAAAAUUAGAUACAAAGCCGGAAGAAACUGUAUGGUUCGAGUGCAAUGCAUAUUUUAGAAUUUGAGAUUGAGAUUGUAUAUCGAAAUCUUUGGUAUAAUAUCAAGUUCUGGGACUAAAAAUUGUUGUAGGUCGAUAUAUAUUAAAAUUACUCGAAGUUUGUCGAUAACAUAAAAAAAAGGUGUUGAGCGUGACUCUUCCAAGGUUUCUAGCUAUUUUUAAAAAAGGCUUAUUUAAUGCAAUGAGUAUAUAUUUUAACUCUAGCUAUACAGUGGUUCCCCCCACAAUUCCCAUUACGAUAAGAAAGUUUUUGGAAAGCACUGAUGGAGAGAAAGGCGUAGAGAGGUAUAUUAUCGUACACAACCUAUUACUUUAAUUAAUUUUGUUACCACACGUUUUGUUUAAUUAUUCGCUUUAUAAUUUGUUUAAUUGAGACUUGUUUAUUUAAUUGUUUUGUUGUUAAGACGUACUUGAACCUAACGACAUUAAACAAGGAGAACAAUU